AUGGGCCAAAUAUGCUCAAGCGAAAGCUUUGUCGAGCCACUCGAGACACUCACUGCUGAUCAGCUAACAGCUUCGUUGACGCUAGUUGGCACCUAUUUAUCGAAGAAACGAACGACUUUUACGCUUGUCACUGUGGGGGGGGCUAUAAACACCCUUUAUCUUCGAUCACGGUCAACUACCCACGAUGUGGACUUCUUCUCUCGCACUCUCACUUAUGAGGAAAUUGAACUGCUCAGAAAAGCAACUGCUGAGGCGAGCAUCAAGUUGGGCGCCCCCGAACGAUGGCUCAACAAUCAGACGUCCGUUUUCCUCCAGCACGACGUACGCUUACGUCUUGUGCAGGAAGCAGCCGAUGCCAACGAGGUUAUAUUCUCCAGUGGAGGAUUGAUUAUCCUUGCCGCACCGUGGCGUUAUUCUCUGUGCAGCAAGCUGGAUCGCAUCCAUGCAGCGAAUACUGACCCUACCAAAUACAGGACGUAUGAUAUGUCGGAUGCCGUCGCAUACCUCCGUCGCCUAACAGAGAAAAAUAAUGGAGCCAUUGAGUGCUCACAGAUAGAAGGGUGGUUAGAGGAGUUUGGGUUUGCAGGUUCUGAUAUAAUCCCAUCGUUGAAGGAGGAAUUCAUGAAGGUGUAUGGAUCAGAAGGCGUAACGGGGUAA